UAUCAAAAUAAUCAUGUUGUUGAAAAUCAUACUGACGUUAAUGUUGUACCUUCUUCAGAUCAAGCCUUUUCUGUCAAUGAUCAAAAUCAAAAUGGUCCUGCUUUUCCUUUUUCUGAUUAUGACCAAAACCGUUUUGCUGUGACUCAUCAUGAAUCUCAAGAAACUGGGACAUCUCUUACUCAUGCACCUGAAAAAACUGUUCAAGAUGAUGUUACUGCCCAUGUUGUAAAUUCUUCCAAUGAUCAAAAUUUACGUGCUAUUACUACGACGACUACUACUACGACUACUAUUGCACAGGAUCAAAAUGUUGUAGCUUAUGGUGAUACAUAUUAUGAUGAUGUUGUUUCGACUUGGUUGUUCCCAGAAGAUGUUCCUAAUUUGGAUCAUGUUCUUCAUGAUACUUCUGUUCAUGGUCUUGUUCCUGAUCCUAAUCCGGCUUCUGGUAGUCACAUUGCUACCGUUGAUGAGGAUGUUGUUCGUGAUCCUAAUCUUGCUUCUGGUAGUCACAUUGCUACAGUUGAUAAGGAUGUUGUUCCCGAUCCUAAUCUUGCUUCUGGUAGUCACAUUGCUACAGUAGAUAAGGAUGUUGUUCGUGAUCCUAAUCUUGCUUCUGGUAAUCGAAAUGCUACCGUUGAUAAGGGUAUUGUUCGUGAUCCUAAUCUUGCUUCUGGUAAUCGCAUUGCUACCGUUAUUAAGGAUGUUGUUCGUGAUCCUAAUCUUGCUUCUGGCAAUCACAUUGCUACAGUUGAUAAGGAUGUUGUUCGUUAUCCUAAUCUUGCUUCUGGUAAUCACAUUGCUACUGUUGAUAAGGAUGUUCGUGAUCCUAAUCUUGCUUCUGGUAAUCGCAUUGCUACCGUUGAUGAGGAUGUUGUUCCUGUUGCUGCUGAUAAAGAUAUUGGUCCAUCUCAUAUUGGAAUUUUUGGUGGUUAUUUGCCUCAUCCGUUAAGCAUAGCUAUGGAAACAGAGAAGAAUAUGAUUAUGGAGAUUGCUAAUAAUGCUUUGGAGGAGUUAACAAGGUUGAUAAAAUUGAAUGAACCGUUCUGGUUUAGGUCAACAAAGACAGACAGAUUCGUUCUUCAACGCGAAACUUAUGAGAAGAUGUAUAAAAAGAGCAGCGUCUUAAAUGGACCUGAUGCACGUAUUGAGGUCUCAAAGGAAUCACUAGUUGUGAGCAUGGAUGGUGCACAAUUGGUUGACAUGUUCCUUGAUUCGGUUAGCACUUUCAUAAAUCUUUAUUGUUUUAGAUCAUCUGUAGCGGCUGCACAACACUGCAUAGCCGUUACAAACGGCUAUAAAAAAUGGACUGCUCUUUUUCCAACUAUUGUUAAAACCGCUUAUAUGAUACAAGUAUUUGAGGCCGGUUUGCCAGAAAGCCGCGAUGGAGCUAUGCAAUUGAUGCAUGCAAAAAUGCACAUUCUUUCGCCAUUGAUUCCAACUCGACACACUUCGUUCCUUCGUAGCUGUAAACAGAUUGAAAAAGAUGCAUGGGUGAUAACUGAUGUGUCAACACAGUCAAUCCGUUCUGUAUUUGACGCAUGUCUUCAAAAUGUUUGGAAGUUUCCCUCCGGAUGCAUGAUUCAAGAACUUACUAAUAACUCCUGCAGGGUAACUUGGGUGGAACAUAUUCAAGUAGACGAUAAGCGAACUACCGACACAUUCUUCGAAAAACCAGUUUGUGGAAACAAUGGAUAUAGAGCUGAAAGAUGGCUUUUAACAAUGGAAAGAAUGUGUCAAAGAAUUUCAACCUCUUUAGUUCCAAAUACAUCUGCCACUGACAUCACCACAGGAGGGAAAAGGAUUGUAAUGAAACUUGCAGAACGAAUGCUAAAAAUCUUUUAUGAAGCCUUGGAUAUGGCAUCCAACACAGAUUUUCCAAAGCUGAAUACAAUGGAUAGUGAUGGAGUUAGGGUCUGUGUUCGAAGGUGUACUGAUCCGGGCACUGAAAAUGGAGUCAUCCUUACUGCGUCUCUCACCUUUUGGUUAUCUUGCUCUCCGGAUCAUGCCUUUGAUUUCUUCAAAGAUAGUAGUAAAAGAUUUCAGUGGGAUGUUCUAUGCGAAGGUUAUCCGGCCGAAGAAAUUCACCAGAUAACAUAUGGAACCAAUCCGGGAAACUUCACUUCAAUUAUCAAGACUUUAAAUAUGAAAGAUGAAGAUAUGAGGAUUCUGCAAGAGUGCUACACACAUGCUAUGGAAUCUGGUUUGAUUUAUUGUCCGAUUGAUACAAAUACAAUGAAUUGCGCGAUAAGAGGAGAAGAUUGCUCCAUGUUGCCUCUUCUUCCGUCUGGUUUAACCAUAUCGGGGGAUGGGCGACCUUCCGAUCACAAUAUCGGGAAAGAAGUCGGUAAAUGGUACGAAGGUUCGAUUGUAACUCUAACUUAUCAGAUGCUGAUUAGUAAAGAUUCUGAAAUGAGUCAUCCUGACUUAAAGGUGUUGAAGAAGAUAAACAAGCUUGUUAACUCGGCCGUGAACAAAAUCAGAGAUGCUUUGAACUGUAGUAGUGAUUAUUAGUAUUUUCAUUAUGUAAUUCUUUUUGUUAUUAGCAAUGUGUUUAAGAUUGUUUUAGAUUUUGGU